AUGGGAGAUUCAGAUACAUUGAUUAUUCUUAUUUUGUGUAUUUUCAUUCCACCAUUGGCUAUUUGGUGGAAAACUAGAGAGUUUGACACUGACUUUAUAAUUUGUCUCUUAUUAUGGCUUAUUUGUUGUGGUAUUGGAGGAGUCAUUUAUGCAUUCAUUAAGUGUUUCGCAUAA